AUGUCAAAGGUUAUCGCAGUCGCCGGUGGUACUGGUAGCGUUGGUCGCACCAUCGUUGAAGAGUUGAAAAAGUCCCCUCUGUACGAUGUCAUUGUCUUGGCUCGCAAGGUUCCAGAAGUGAAUGAUGAAAAAGCGCCCGUCGUCGCAGUGGACUACAACAACGUCGAUGAAACUGCGCAAAAACUGGCCAGCCACAAAGUAGACGUCGUCAUCUCUACUAUUAGCGUGGUUGAUGAAGUCGCUGGAGUUUGCCAAGUCGACCUGGUCAAGGCAGCCAGUAAAUCUGGCACCGUAAAACGCUUCAUUACUAGUGAAUGGGGUACUCCUCAUACCAAAGUGUCUCCUAUCUAUCAGAUUCGAGAAAAUGCCGUGAUAGAGCUUCGCAAGACCGACUUGGAAUGGACUCGAGUUGCUAACGGCUACUUUAUGGACUACUACGGCAUGCCUCAUGUGAAGACGUAUCUGAAGCCCUUGUUCUUCGUGGUAGACCCGCCAAACAAGACUGCUGCCAUCCCUGGCACAGGAGAUGAGGUUCUUUCUUUCACCUACACUUUUGAUGUGGCAAAAUUUGUUGUCGCAUCUCUGGGCUUGCCCAAGUGGGAGGAGAUUACCUACUGCUACGGUGAAAAUUCAACAUUCAACAAGCUUGUUGCACUUUCUGAAGAAGCUCAGGGCACUAAGUUCAAGGUUACAUUCGAUCCUCCCGAAAAGCUCGCAAAGGGAGAGAUUACAGAAUUGCCUUCUCACCCUGCGCUAUAUCCAUACUUUCCGAAGCCAGCGAUGCAAGGCUUGUUCUCGCUUUUCGCCUCAUGGGUCCUUGAUGGUAGCCUAAAAGCUCCAGAAGACAAGAGCCUGAACGCCAAAUUUCCCGAAAUCAAGACCACCAAGUUGGCCGAAAUCGUCGGUGCCUGGAAGGGACAUUAA